AUGGGACGUCCAUUUCUAGAACAUAUGGGAGGCAGAAAAUUUUACAUGUGUUGCCGUUGCAAGACUUAUCUUUCAAACAAAAAGGAGAUAGUUUCUCAUACAUUUAGAGGAUCUACUGGGCAGGCUUAUUUAUUCAGAACGGUUGUAAACAUUACUACGUCAAAGGCUGAGGCCCGCUUUAUGCUUACUGGGCAACAUAUUGUACGUGACGUCUUCUGUAAAAAUUGCAACCAUAAACUUGGAUGGAUGUACGAAUUUGCUCAUGAGCCACAACAGAGUUAUAAAGAAGGUUUUUAA